GCCCUGCGUGGGAGGGCUGGCCCCACGGGGGAUGGGGGUUUACUCCUCGGGGGAUGUGGGGCUGGCCCUGCGUGAGUGGGCUGGCCCUGCAUGGGAUGUGGGGCUGGCCUUGUGUGGGGUGCCAGGCACUGCCCAGCACUAGCCCCAUGGGGGGACGGUGGCCCUGGGCACCCCUGGCAGCCCAGCUCUGGGAGCUGUGGGUCAAGGCUUCAGGACAGGGCAUGGGGGGGCUAAGCUGUGGGGCCUGGGAUGAAUGCGAGGGGCUGGUGUGGCGUGGGGAGAGAGGAGCGCUUUCGAGGCUGGGAAGCACGUGGUGUCUGCGCGUGGGCUGCCGUCGUGGCUGGGGGCCGGGGGCUGCUGCCACAGCCCUGCCUUUGCCCCUGUGGCCUGCCGGGAGCUGGGAGACCAGAGCAGGCUCAGCGCAAGAAACUGCCACCUGCCCUGGGACUCAGCAAUGGGCCGCGUGGGAAUCCCGGUCUGAUGCAAAUAACGGGGUUUCUCGCUAUUUCUGUGUGUUUGUGUGGAUUAGGAAGGUGCAGGUGGCAGGUUACUGCAGGGCAGCUGACGGGUGGUAGGUAGCUCAAGGUGCUGCUGCUCAGCUAUCGAGGUGGCACGUCUGUGGCCUGAAGGACCCUCCCACCCACAUUCCUCCACGAGCAGAGGGGUGAAUCUGCUUCUUAGGUUGGCGUGGGGAUGUUUGUUUCGCAGGAAGAGACUCAGCCUUCACAGGCAUCUGUCUGAAGCCCCUCUGGAAAGCUGGCUGUGUGAGAACCGCCCUGAACAAAACCCACCCUCUCUUUAAGGGAUAUUCCCUUAAUCCCUUUCUCAAGGGAUGUUUUUUUGCACCCCUCCUUGCCAUAGAGUUAAUGAGCUUAAAAGCCCUUUAAGCACAGCCUCUACAGGUAGGCGAAUGGCUGUGUCCCAGGCUGCCUGGAUCCAGCCUGAGGAGGCAGAGCCUGGGAGAGCCUAGGAAGCCAUCGGGGGCUUCGUCCUAGGCGUGUUCUGGUAGAAAAGCCUUGUUCUUGCCAAAAGAAGCAGAGCGGGGAGGUGUCUGCUCCUUUAAGCUGUAAAUGCCAAGGCCGUGGGCUUGGCAGAGAGCUGGAGUUGUUGGCUUUGACCUCGAGGUGUUUUGCCUCAGAUAUAUUUCGAGGAAAAGUGGUGCUGCAUUGAUGGGCUGGACUGUGCCUAGUCUGAACGGACAAACAGGCCGUCGUCUCCAUCCCGAGCGGCUGCAGCGUGACUGAGCGUACGAUGGCUGGUGUGGGAGGACGUGCCAGUCCGGGUUUGAAGCGGUGGCUGUCCUCACAGGGCCUGGCUCCUCGUGUCUGCGUGGUGGGCAGCGGACCUGCAGGGUUUUACACGGCUCAGCACAUCCUCAAGCACCAUGACCUGGCGCGAGUGGACAUUUACGAGAAGCUGCCUGUUCCCUUUGGGCUCGUCCGUUUUGGCGUGGCACCAGACCACCCCGAAGUGAAGAAUGUAAUCAACACGUUCACGCACACGGCACGCUCGGACCGCUGUGCCUACUACGGGAAUGUCGCAGUGGGCAGGGACGUCACGGUGGGAGAGCUGCGGCAGGCCUAUCACGCCGUGGUACUGAGUUAUGGUGCUGAAGAUAACCGGAUCCUGGGGAUCCCAGGGGAAAAUCUCUCUGGGGUUUAUUCAGCUCGAGCGUUUGUGGGCUGGUACAACGGGCUGCCUGAGAACCGAGAUCUGAAGCCUGACCUGAGCUGUGAGACAGCGCUGAUUCUGGGCCAUGGCAAUGUGGCACUGGAUGUUGCCCGGAUUCUCCUGUCCCCGGUGGAUCUCCUCAGGAAGACUGACAUCACUGACAGCUCCUUGGCAGCUCUUGCCUGCAGCAAGGUGAAGCGCGUGUGGCUGGUCGGGAGGAGGGGACCUCUCCAAGUUGCUUUCACCAUCAAGGAGCUGCGGGAGAUGAUAAACUUGCCUGGUACCAGACCUAUCUUGGACCCUGCUGAUUUCACAGGCCUUGGAAAUGCUGUUAAAGAUGCUCCCAGGCCCAGGAAGCGGCUGACUGAGCUGAUGAUCAAAACAGCCUUGGAGAAACCAGGGGAGAAGAUGGUGGCAGCAGCCCCCCGGGAGUGGGGCUUGAGGUUUCAGCGCAGCCCCCAGGAGGUGCUGGCCACCGCUGACGGGAUGCGGGCGAGGGGCAUCCGCAUGGCCCUGACCCGGCUGCAGGGCUUGGGUGACUCUGCCAAAGCCGUCCCCACUGGAGAGGUGGAGGAGCUUGAGUGUGGCCUGGUCCUCAGCAGCAUUGGCUAACGCAGCCUGCCCCUGGAUCCGGCUGUACCCUUUGACUCUCAGCACGGCGUUAUCCCCAACAGCUCAGGCAGAGUGGAGGGUGUCCCAGGUCUAUACUGCAGCGGGUGGGUGAAGAGAGGACCCACAGGAGUCAUUAUCACCACCAUGAAUGACAGCUUUGACACUGCCCAGUCUGUGCUAGAGGAUCUCCAGGCAGGCGUGCUGGAUGUGUCUGCCUCCAGAGAUGGCUUUGGGACCGUGGGGAGCAUCCUACGCAGCCGAGGAGUCCGUCCUGUUUCCUUCUCGGACUGGGAGAAGAUAGAUGCUGCCGAAGUGACGAGAGGAAAAGCUGCUGGCAAACCCCGGGAGAAGAUAGUGGAUCCUGAGGAGAUGCUGCAGCUCAUCGGUCACUAAAGCACCAGUGAUGUGAAUGUGGCACUGAUCCACCCGGUGCCCUCCUGGGGCAGCAUCAGCAGGUACGGGCAGGGCUCGGGAGAGCGGGGCCGGCACCUGGAACUGAUGGCCAGUUCGGGAAGGUGCAUGACGUUUGAGGCUCUCUAGUAACAAGCUGUAAUGGACUCUGGAUUCCCAAAGUGAGCGUGUAAAAACAUCUGAGGCUGCUGGCUGGCCCCACGCCUCUGCAGCCAGCUCCUGGAGGUGAUUCUUGUUGUCAUUUGAGCCCUUUGGGCAUUAGCUUAUUAGCUGGAGCAGGUGAAGGGAGAUUCACACGUCACAGGAGUCUUGGCCGGAGACAUUCCCCAUGACAAGCAGCAUAGCAAAACGUUCUUGUGUCUUGUGCUACCUCCCCUUUAAGCCUCAAGCCAAGUGGCUUCCUUGCCUUGUUGCUCGUGCCUGGGCUCUGAGCAAACGUUUUAAAAUAAUAAUUGUUUUUAAAUAAACCCUUCCAGAAAAGCUCAACUGGAGCUGCCACUUGAGUUUGGCUUCUUUGUCGUGACUGUCUUAAUCUUUGAAGCAGCCAGCUGAGUGCUGUGUGUCUUGUGUAGUGUGUCCCAAGGCAAGCCAGCUCCUCUUGUGCAGGGAGGGAGUGUUUGCUUUCUGCCCGUUGCGAGCUCCAAACAAACAGACAAGGGCAUUAAUUUGCUUUCUGCCUCCCACAAUCAAAACCCAAGGAGAGCUUGGGUCCUAGCUGGCAGGGUGCCCUGGGAUAAAAAGCAUGUAAUUGCCUUAUUCUGGAUCAUGAAGGAUCCUGUGUAUGCUGCUACCUGCCAGCCCUGACUCGUGCACGUAAUGCCUCAGUUCCUUUCACUUCCUUCACUUUUUUUUGGUCUGUUUGUUUUGAAGCUUAUUAAAUACUCCUCUUAGCCCAAAUUGACCGUGGUGACGGUGUCAGGUUUUAAGCCAGAUUACAAACCAUGAGCUGUAAUCUCCUCUUUAUCCAUGGGCAUGGACCCUCCCCUUGCAGUCCUGCCACCCGCGUUCUCCCAGACCCGCAGCAAUCGCUUCGGGAGCUCAGCGAGCACCGCAGGAUUGGAACGGCUCCGUGGAACGGCUCCCGUCUCUGACCUGUGUAAAUGGUGAUGAUGGGUGUUGCUUGUGGCUGUGUUUAGGCCUGGUGAUGGAGGCUGAGGGUAAACCAAGCCAAGGGACUGGAGGGGGGUUGUCUCUGAUUCCCUGCUAACCUGUGAUCUCUGCCCAGCCCCUUCCUGCAGUGGAGUGCUCACCCAUGGGGCGCAGGCUGCCAGGCACUUCCAGACUGGAUUACACGCUGUCUCUAGUCCAAGCUUGGGCAGGGGAGAUCAGUGGCUUCUCCCUCUCUCAUUUUUUUUUCCUCCCCCCCACCCUUCCUUUUCUAUUUAAAUCUCAUUUGCAAGCUCAUUAAGAAACUCAGGAAAUGUGAUACUGGGAACUCAUACGCAAACGAGCAAUAAAGCUUUUGUCGAACAGC